AGUGCAAAAGAACAAAAUUUAUAUUCAAAAUAUGUAAAAGUAAUUUUGGUGCUCCAAGAUGAGAUCUUACACCAUCAGCGUCUCUCACACAGAAACUGUGAAGUCCACUGUAUGGCACAUUCUGUCAGAAAACAAAGGCUGGACAGGUGAAGGCCACAUGAAGUCAUCCCAAGACUAUGUCUUGUGUGCGUGUGUGUGCGUGUGUGUGUGUGUGUGUCCGGUGAAGGUUUAAUGAUGAAGCCCUGCAGAGCAGUGCAAGUUGCAUAGCAGGGCUAUGCUGAGAUUUCACUCUGACUCUAAAGUUAGAGCACCAUCAAAGCUCUUGAUGCGAAACAUCAACAUUGUCACACCCAAGGGUAAAAAUGUAGGAAAUUUAGGUCUGCUUCGUUAUAUAAGUUAGGGGUGUAGUUCACCACUUCUUUUCAUCAUUCUUUGAGUUCAUUUGAAAAAGGUGUUUGUUCAAGACAUUAGUUUCCAUUGAAGCAGUUGGUUGUCCAUGUUUUUAUACUAACAACUCAUUGUUAAAUGUUCCAGACAUUGACCAGUGCAAGCAUGGAACCAACAGGAAUGGACUGCGGACUUCCAUCCCUUGGUUCAGGCUCUCAGAGUAUUGAGGAUGACAGAGAUCCUAAAGAGAAUUUCGCACAGUGUUUUGAUGAAAACAAAUUAAUACCUAAAUUGCGCCGAACUAAAAGUGUCAUUAUGAAAAAUUUGGAUCUUGAAGAUUCUGGCGACCUUUUUGACUCAACAUCUGGUAGUGGUGAAGAAUACAUUCCUGAUUCUGCUGAGGAAAGCGAUAUUGGGAGCGAGGAAUUGGAUAUCUAUCCCCAUGAUUCCCAGGAAGAUUUGAUUAGCAAGUUUUCAUCUUCAGAAACUGUUGUGGAAUCUGAAAGUACAUCUGUCAAGUUUGUCGCAGACAAUUCUGGCAAUGAAUCAUGCUCUAUAGUUGUUGGUGCAUGCCAAAAGAAGGGAGGAAAAAGGGUCUACGACAAAAAGCAUUACUGUCUGUACUGCUGCAAACCAUUUUCCAAAAUGGCAAGACAUCUGCAGCAAGUACAUGAAGAUAAAAUGGACGUGGCUAAAGCACUCAGCUUUCCAAAGGGUUCCAAGGAGAGAAAACAACAUCUAGAUUUCAUCCGCAAUAAAGGAAAUUAUGCUCACAAUGCCAAUGUAAUGAAAUCAGGAGGCGGAUUGUUGGUGCCAUUCAAGCGACCAAAGGAAGAAAUGAAGAGUGAAGACUUCAUGCACUGUGCAUAUUGCCAAGGUCUUUUUACAAGAAAGGUACUAUGGCGCCACAUGCGGAGUUGUGCUCUCAGACCAGAAUCAGCCCGUUUAAAACCAGGAAAAAAUCGUGUGCAGUCCUUCUGUACUUAUGUUGGCGGUGUACCUUCCAACAUUAGCAAAAAAUUGUGGGAAAUAAUCAGUGCAAUGAAUCCUGGUCCAAUUACAGAUAUUGUCAAGGGUGACUCUGUAAUUACUGAGUUGGGGCAACAUUUGCUGAACAAGGGUGGUACCUCACUCAGGAAUCAACAAUGUGUACGUGAAAAGAUGAGAGAAUUGGGAAAGUUGAUAUACAAUGCCAGGAAAUACACAACUUUAAAAAAAAUGGAAGAACUCAUAGAUCCAAAAAACUACAUGGAGACUGUGAGAGCUGUCCAAGUCACUUGUGGAUUUGAUAGUGAAAGAAUCAUGUUCAAGAUCCCAUCACUGGCUAACAAACUUGGAAAUUCUCUAGUUAAAGUUAGCAAACUCCUAAAGGCACAAGGUUUGAUCUGGAACAACUCAGAACUUGUGAGAAAUGCCAGUGGGUUUUAUGAAGUCCAUCAGGAGAAGUGGAAUGAGUUAAUCUCAGCUACUGCCCUAAGAAACAUCAGAGAAUCUAAGUGGAACGUACCAACUGUCAUGCCCUUUACUGAAGAUGUCCAAAAGCUGCAUGCACAUCUGAAUCAAAUCCAAGAUGAAUGCUGCUGUUUGCUCUCUGAAAGUCCCUCUACAGAAGCUUGGAUCAGGUUGACAAAGUCAUUGCUGUCCCAGAUCAUUCUGUUUAACCGACGUAGAGAAGGAGAAGUUUCUAGCAUGCCUUUGGAGGCCUUUUUAUCAAGAGAUAGCUCUGACCAUCACCAAGAUGUUGACUGGGCACUCAGUGAAGUGGAAAAAAAUCUCUGCCAGCACUUCUCAAGGAUUGUCACCAGAGGAAAACGAGGUCGGCCAGUUCCGAUUCUUCUAACUCCUAAAAUGCUGUCUGCUUUAGAACGUCUCGUUAAACUGAGAGAAGCCUGUGGCGUUUUAAAAAACAACUUGUAUUUGUUUGCAAGACCAGAAGCCAUGACACAUUUCCGAGGUUCAGACUGCCUCCGUGACUUUUCAAGAGCCUGUGGCGCCAAGUGUCCGAGUUCGCUGACAUCCACCAAACUCCGAAAACAUGCUGCAACACUGUCAACUGUCUUGAAUAUGACUAAUACAGAAAUGGAUCAACUGGCAACCUUUCUGGGGCAUGACAUUCGAAUUCAUCGUGAGUACUACAGGCUUCCAGAGAAGACCUUACAACUUGCCAAGAUCAGCAAAGUUUUGAUGGCGUUAGAAAAUGGAAGACUGGCAGAGUUUCAUGGCAAGAACUUGGAUGAAAUUCAGAUUGACCCGGAUGAAAACAUAAACUCUGAUGAUAAUAACGAUGACAACAAUGCUAUGGAUGAGGAAAUCUCUUCUGCUAUUGAACCAUCAGAAGUGGAAACCCUUCCUCAAAAUAGAAAUGAAAUGACACCACCAUCAUCCAGGAAACAUAAACCACCACCAUCAUCCCCAACAGAUGAUGAUCAAGAGGAGAUACCAUUGAAAGGCAGCACCACAAGACCUUGCUCGAAAGGCAAAAGACCUGUAAAGAAAACACCAUGGACUGAAGACGAAGUUCAAGCUGUCGAGAAACACCUGGGUGCUUUCAUAAAAUCUUUCACAGUGCCAGGAAAAAAUCACUGUGAAAAAUGCUUAAAGGCAGAACCAGUGGCUUUAAAAAAUCGAACAUGGCAAAAUGUGAAAUUUUUCAUUCAUAACCGCAUUACAACCAACAGGAAGAAGCUUCAGCGUUAUUAAAUAGGCGUGCUUUAUAUAUUUGGUUUUCCUUUUUCAAUUUAAAUUCCAAAUACUUGUUCAGUGUGUUUUUUACAUACUGCUUCAGUGUUAAUUUAGAAGAAGUACUAUUUUUCUUUUCAUUAUUUUAAAUGUUUAUUUGAAAAACCUGAAGUGGAGGUUUAUCUUUAAUACUUUUAAGAUAAGGUUGUUUCUUUUUUUUUACAGCCACUGAGCAUCUUUCCGCCUAUAGUUAAUUAAAAAGGUGUUUUGCAAUGAUUUGUUUUCAUGUAAGAAUUUUCUGAUGUUAGUGAUGUUAUGUUCGGAUGUUACUGAUGAGUUGUUAUCAUUCUUGUCUAAAUCUAAUAAGGCAGAUGGAAUAUUUGUUUUUUGCAUACUACAUACUGCUUCAGUGUUAAUUUAGAAGAAGCACUAUUUGUCUUUUUCAUUGUUUUAAAUGUUUAUUUGAGAUAAGGUUGUUUCUUUUUUUUCUUUUACAGCCACUGGGCAUCUUUGUGCCUAUAGUUAAUUAAAAAGGUGUUUUGCAAUGAUUUGUUUUUAUGUAAUAAUUUUCUGAUGUUAGUAAUAAGUUAUUGAUCAUUCUGUUAAAAUCUAAUAAGGCAGAUGGACUAUUUUAGGAAAUUGAACAAAGGUCCCCACUAGGUAAGUUAGUUUGUGUAACAUAUGCAAAUAAUAUGUAAAUCUGGUCCCCAUCUGACAUGUUUUUUCGGAAGUUAAUGAGUCCCCAUGUAGCAUGGCCCAGACAAGUUGAUGACCAUACUUUUGAAAUUGAGAUAUUUCAAGCUGUGUAUAGGUUAAUACAGCUAUAAAUAGUGUAAAAUAUUUUUUCUGAAUUUUUAGAACCACUAGAAAGGGUGGUCCCCACAAUUGAUGAUAAAAAUAGUAGUCCCCACGAACCAUGGAAACCAGUCUGCGUGUGCGUGCGUGUGUGUGUGUGUCCGGUGAAGGUUUAAUGAUGAAGCCCUGCAGAGCAGUGCAAGUUGCAUAGCAGGGCUAUGCUGAGAUUUCACUCUGACUCUAAAGUUAGAGCACCAUCAAAGCUCU